CUGCGCCUCGGUGCUCGCGUGCAGAGGCAAUUCCAUGCGAAAAGACUUCUUUCCGUUCGUAGUCACGCGCUUUUUUUCGAGUUCGUCUGUCGUCGUCUGCGCCGCCGCGAAUCGCCCAGUCUCGACAUGCUCUCUUCUUCCUCUCGCAGAGCCUCGUUCCAGUCUCAGACCGUUCUCUGCAUGCGCUGCGUCUUCACUCUCUUUAUCGCCGCGGCAGUCCCGACAGAGCAUCCGCGACAUGGACGCUGAAUUCAGUGCCCGCCUCUUCUUCAGCGACAGCCGCCCUCUGUAGUACGGGAGUUGAAAGGCCUCGGUUCUUUGCGCCUCGCCGAGUCUGUCUCUUUCGAGAGUCCUCAGGAAGGCUGCGUACCCAGUCUUCGGCGCCGUCUGUCUCCUCUUACGCACCUGCUGUGUAGAGUUGCAUGUUGAUGGAGAGAGAGAGAUCGUGAGAGAGGAAACGUCCAUUCGGGGAGCUGCUCGGGGUGCUUUUGUAUCUACUCUGUCUCUCUAUCUACGCCGCUGAUCUCGCGCUCUGAGCCAUGGAAUCCAUCUGCUUCCCUCAGGUUUGUACGUUUGCCCAAGUUGCCGAACUGCGCCCAAAUUGAUCGAUGUGAGCCUCUGCUAUCCUCUGGGCCUCGGGCGCCUCUGAAUGCCGCCCUGGCCUCCUCGGUUGGGGUCUCCGCCUUCUUGCCUCCAGGUUCUGCCUUUCCCUCCCUUCCUCUCCCUCAAAAGCGGAUCGACUUUCGAGGCGAAGGCGCUUUGUUUGCGUCGGCAUCCGCUCUUGUCCAGUGAGCAAUCAUGAAAAACUCGAAAGAUGGCGGGAUCCCUCGAAGAAGACGCCCACAGAGUUUGUGAGAGAUUACACGCCAAAGGCCUUCUCGCCAGGAGCGACUGGGUCGCGACACUGGCGAGAUCUUAUCUCUCCUCUUCUUCGACGGGUGCAAGAGAAGGCGUCGACAGAGAGACGCCUGGUCCGCCUUUCCCCGCAUCGGGCACUGCUUUGACUGAAGAGCAGAUCGGAAACGCGUUUCUGAGAUCGGACUUAUCCGCAAGCGCGCUGCCGUCGCUCCCCUCGGAUGUAUGUACACUGGCGCGGGGACAUCUGGAGGGCGUCCACCUGGUGGAGGUGGUGGAGGCAGUGAACAUUGCCGAGCCGCGCAAGACGCGGACCAAGUUGGCGGCUAGCGAGCACCGCUGCUUGAAGCUGCUUCUCUCCGACGGCCGCGCGUCGGUCGCCGCUGUCGAGUAUCGUCGCAUCCCCGCCCUCAGCGCCGCGGCUCUCCAGCGAGGCGCGAAGCUUCUCUUGUGCGCUUCUCCCGAGGUCCGCCGUGGCGUGCUGCUCCUCCAGGAGGCGAAUGUGCGAGUCGUCUGGGGGGGCUCCGACGCGCGCGACGACACCGCGAAGGCGAGUGCAGGUUCCGCGUUCGCGGCCGAAGGUUCCGCUCGAGAAACAUCAGAAACAAGCACUGAAAAGGAGCCGGAAGAACGCCGGCGAGGCGGCGCACAGCGGGGUCCACACUCAGAGGAAGGGAGGAGACAGCCGCGGACUGGGCACCUGGCGAGCUCUGGGGGAAACGCGAAUGAGAAAUGCGCGUUCGUCUCGCACAGAUCUGAUUCCAGUUUAGGGGAGUUCUCGUCGACCCGCGUCUCGGAGAGCUGUCCGGACCAGGUGCGAAUCGCGGAUACCGCGCCGCGAGCGCAAGCAGCCUGGGUCUCGGGUGUACAACCACCUGGGGUGGAGGGAGAGAACUUUGGCGCGGGAUCCCGGACAGCGCGUCUGAUGAAAAAACAGCGGCCCGCGGUUUCGUCGUUCCUUGGCAAUUCAGAAACACUGCAGACCAGUGCGCAGCCACACUGCAGCAGCGCCGCAGAGAUCGACGAACUCGCAGACUUGGACCUUGAGGACUUGGAGGUCCUGGCUGUCUCGGCAGACAGCUCCGGGGUACGAACACCCCAGGGAGCCAGUGCAGAGGGCGUCGCGCGGCGACGGGCGCCGGAGGGCAGCGGCAGGUCUCCGAGUGAGAAACGCAAUAGCUGGAACCACAACCUUGAGACGGAAUUGGAGAGCGACGGCGCGUCCUUGGUCGCCGAAAAAGAAACAGACGUCUCGCCACUGUCCUUGGCUUCUCCUUCUGCCAGCGCCCCUCGAGAGGCUUCUUGCCCACAGAAGCCGACAUCUCAUCCAGAAGGAAAUCUCGCUUCGUCCCCCUCUUCCUCUUCCCUCUCUCGCUCUUCUUCUUCUUCCUCCUCCUUCUGGUCUUCGUUUUCUGAUUUUCGGCCGGUGUCUGUACACUCAGACAACAGGCAGGUCGAGGCGCCCAGGCCCCUGCGGCUCUUCGCGGCAGUCACGGCGGCGAAGUUCCUGGCGCGCAGAGCAGAUGUCCUCCCAAAGCACUUGGAGAACGACAAGCGGCCGGCAGCGGGUGUCGGCUGUACAGACACCGCAGGUGUGUGGCGUCUGCAGCUCUCUGAUGGGGCCGGCGGCGCGACGGCGUUCGUUGGUGACGCGGACCUGCCGCGGCUGCUUCUCGGCGUUUCAAAGGCGCAAGCGUCUUCUCUCUCUCCCCGCUGCCUCGCCUCUGUUCUCUCCGACAGGGAGGAGAUCAAGCGACGCCUCCUCGCUCUCCAGGGUCACUUUCUGCUGCGGGAGGAAGCCGUGCCAGGUGUCUCGACAACUGUCUCGCGCGCGGUCAGUCGCUGCAGCGUAUCCGCAUCUCCGGCGGAGAGGCGCGAGGCGCCUGGCAUCCCUCGAAGGGGGCGAGAGGCCAGCUCGCGGCUGUUUGUUGCGGAGUUCCAGACGAGUUUUCGACAGGAAGAACUUUGUCAGGAACUCGAAGAGCUUCUUGAGGCCUUGGAGGCGAGCGAGGCCCCAGCGCCGUCCGCGCCGAAGCCUGUCGACGGUUAGCACCCGCCUUGGCGCUGGUGCUCCGUGCUUGUCGUGACUGUGUCAGGUGCCUCGAGGGUCGAGUUCGCCUGCAGAUAUUUGAGAGACCUACACUCUAGACUCUUCUGUUGAAAGCUCCGAGGUCUCGUCUCGCUCUCGUCUGUGCACUCGCUCACAUGCAGGGACGCCGCUCGAGUCAGGAGAAAUCACCUGGUGCGUUGAAAAGGAUCCGAGCGAGCGGAGGAGAGAGAACGCAGAGCGUCGAGCGGUCGCCACGGAGCGGGGUGGCGCUAGUGAAGUUGUGCGGGGUGUACAGACAGCCAGCGCCCGGAGAGCAGAAAGUGUGAGGGGGCAGAUGUUUUCUUUGGAAGAGCUAUUUGUGGAGAGAAGAAAGACGAAGAGACACUUGGAUGGUUUUCCGAGUUUCGCGCCG